UGCAUAUCUUAACAUCCUCUCAUUGGAAGAAGCAAGUAAGCUUAUAUGCAGUAGGGUCAACAUGUGAACACUCUUAGUAAAGUGUGUUAUGCUAAUGUGCUAAUAGCACUCAAGAUAAAGGAAAGGUUGAUGUGAAUGCCGUUGUAUUUGCAGGUAGACGGAGACAAGCUUAAACUAAAUCUCAUAUUCAGCCUUUGAGUCGCCACUUAGUAAAAAUGUGUGGAUCACAAAAGUAAUCAGGAUUUGAUAUCUAGAUACCAAGGAUUCGUUUACAAAAGGGUAUUAAAGUUAUUUUAAUAUUUGUUGAGUGAUUUCAGUCUGGAAUGUGCAGAAGUUUGUAGUUUCAGAGCUACAUUUUGCACGACUAAAAAGGGCUUUAUAGUUUGGUGUCUUAAGCGUCUCACAGUGAUGAGUUUCUGUACUCAGUGAUAUUUUUUUAUGUUAUUCAAAAAGGUAAGUGUCUGUGGGAUUUUGUCUAUAUCCCCUGGGCAAGAAAGACAAAACAUCACCUUGGGCUCUUGGAUCUAAAGCGGAGCGCUGAUGGGUUACUAGAGAAAGAAAAAGUAGGAGUGAAAAACAUUAUUUUAACUUCCUCAUGCUAGAAAUGUUCAAGCAUACUGAGAAGAAAACCUAAAUCUCUUUGUAUGAGUCUUGACAGAAAAAUGUCCACACUGAGGCUUUAAUGUAUGAAGAGAGGGUGACAGUAGAAGUUGCCUCAUCUGAGGAGUUCACAUAACCAAACGAUUGACAAUCACUACAGCAGAUUGAACAAAUAAUCAAUGCUGCUGCCUUUGUAUACCUCCAGUACUCCAUCUCACUGCACCACUUGUUUUCACUUAAUCACCUCUGAACAGCUUCAUCACAUCACUCAUAAUACAAGAGAAACGCUUUCCAAAGUGCUGUGCUUUGACCUUCUCUUCAUUCACUCCCUGCAUUGUUACCUGCUCCCCUUCAUGUGCACAGGAACGCAUGUGGAGUGUGCAAAGAGCAGCAGAAACACGUUAUGUAACGUACCCCGUCUGAACGAACCGACUCCCCUUUCUCUGAGGCGACUACAGCUCUUCAUGUAGUCCUUGUUGUUUGAUAAUUGCAUAAUGUAGAGUAACUGUAGUGUUAUUAAGCCUGGGGACAAAUGCUUCAAUUUGGGAGUAAGAGGAGGUGUUCCCCAGAUGAAUGUGGGCCGUUCUGCUUUUACAAACACCCCCAAAACAGAAACAUGGGGGGGGGGAAAGAUGUUGAAACUGGUGCAGGAUUGUGUUGAUGCGGAGAAUAUGGGUGAAAAAGAAGGGGAUGGAUGAAGCUCUGGCUAAAGAGAGAAGGGGGAGGAGAGGAGAGUAGUGUGUGUUAAAAGAGGGAAACUAGAAGCAGGGGGGCUGGUAGACAAAAGUGAGAUAGGGGAGGGAGGAAUGAGGAGAAGGAGGAGGAGGGGGAGGCGGUGCUAAGGCAGACAGCAGGGAAGGAAAACUGAGAGGAGGAACAGUGGAGUGAAGUGAGAAGAGAGAGGAGGAGAGGAGGAAAAUAAGGGGGCUUCCAUUUGAAAGAGUCGGGAUAUGAAGUCCUGUUGUGAUUUGUUAACAGCAGGACGGUGGACUUUUGCGAGGACGAGGUAGAUGACUGGAAUAAAGGAGAGACAGGAGACAGGACUGGAGUGAUUUUUUUUUUACUUCUUUUUUUUUUUUUUUUUUCCAAGAGAGACGGAGACAAGUAAAGGCAGCGAUGCAGGGCUCUCACUGGGAGUGUUUGGUGGUGUCUGAAGCCGUUGGGGUGCCAUGGCUCUGGUUCAGGCACUUCCUGUCACUGUGACUGACCACCCCAACCCAGGUCUUGACGUCCAGCAGUGCCGGCCACUAUCAUCCCAUUCCCCCUCCGGCCCCUGCCCCGGCCCCUGUGGUCCCUGCAGCUCUGGGACAGCCAUGGGUUCUGUCAGCAGCCUCAUAUCAGGCCGGACGUACCAGGAGAGGCACUGCCGGGCCGCCAGCGAGUUCACCACCAAGUCACGCCGCUCCACACCGGCCACCAGCUGCUUCCGACUCCAGGAUAACACCCUCCGUAGCACGAGCUCCCUAGAGCAGCUCCUGGCUAUCAGCACUCAAACGCUUCCCCAGGCCCAAGUUCUUCCUCCACCGCUGCCCACCAAGAAGCAGCCCAGGCCGGGUAACUCUGCUGGGGCAGGAAGUGGAACGGUUGCAGGAGCAGUUGGCGGUGGUGGUGGUGGUGGUGGUGGUGGUGGUGGUGGGACUAAUGGGAACUUUGGGCAUGUGAGCAAUGAGGGGGUCGCUGGAGGCUGGAAAGACAACCAGGCACUGGCAGCUGCGAGCCCAUGCAGCGACUCUGAGGACCAAACGGACAACAGGACACUGAAUGGCAACAUUGGAGGGCCCCCUCCCAAACUCAUCCCAGUAUCUGGACAGUUAGAGAAGAACAUGGAGAAAGUUCUGAUCCGUCCUACGGCGUUCAAACCUGUUGUCCCCAAGAACCGUCAUUCUGUGCACUACUUAUCACCGAGGCCAGGGGGCGGCAGUCUGUCAGAGAGCCAGGCCAGCCUCAACCUCCUGCUGCCCCUUGGAGGGUCCAACAGCUCCCAUAGCACAAAUGGCAAUGGAGGGAGCAGCACUUCAAGUUCCGAUGGUAAGCGCAACUCCUUCAGCGGAGGCCGAAAUGCUCGGAGCAGCCAGUCCUGCUCCAUGUCCGAUUCAGGGAGGAACUCCCUCUCCAGCCUCCCUACCCACAGCAGCACAGGCUACAGUCUGGCCCCCAGUGAGGGCUCCAGCUCUGGGUCUGGCACCGGGGGGCAGCUGGAGCCCUCCAGUCUGGGAAGAAACACUUCAGGUGGGAGUGGGAGCCACAACCACACUAACUCAGACAGUGGACGCUCCUCAUCCAGCAAGAGCACAGGCUCUGGGUCGCUCAGUGGGCGCGGGCAGCCCCUGUCGGACAGCGGGUCCUGUGGCCACUCGCCGCCACCGGUGGAGGGCUACGAGACGGUGGUGAGGGAGCUGGAGGAGAAGCUGAGGGAGCGAGAUCUGGAGCUCCAGCAGCUCCGGGAAAAUCUGGAUGAGAAUGAAGCCGCAAUCUGUCAGGUGUAUGAGGAGAAGCAGCGCCGCUGUGAAAGAGAGAUGGAGGAGUUGAGACAGAGCUGUUCAACGAAGAUGAAGCAGACCUCUCAGAAGGCUCAGCGGGCACAUCAGGUGCUACAGUUACAGGUGUUUCAACUACAGCAGGAGAAAAAGAAGCUGCAGGAGGACUUCUCCUCUCUGCUGCAGGACAGAGAGACGCUGGAGAGGAGGUGUGCCACCAUCCAGAGGGAGCAGACCCAGCUGGGGCCACGGCUGGAGGAGACCAAAUGGGAGGUCUGUCAGAAGUCUGGAGAGAUCUCCCUCCUGAAGCAGCAGCUGAAGGAGAUCCAGUCAGAGCUUAGCCAGAAAGCCGGAGACAUUGUGGUGCUGAAGGCCCAGCUGAGAGAGGCCCGUUCCGAACUGCAAUCCAGCCAGGCUCGAUCCCAGGAGGCCCAGGCGGCCGUGAGGACGCGAACUUUGGAGCUGGAAGUCUGCGAGAACGAACUCCAGAGGCGCAAGAGCGAAGCGGAGCUGCUCCGUGAGAAAGUGGGACGUCUGGAGGAAGAGUCUGUCCGCCUGCGUGACACUCUUUCUAAUCAUAACGGACAUCUACCUGGAAAUGUAACUCUGAAGGGCCAGUGCAUGAGCCUCACCCUUCAGCAGAGUAGAAGCAUGGGAGGCAGAGGGGGGCCGAGUCCCUGCGUUUACCGCGACGGAGAUGAGGCUCAUCUGGUGUGGGGAGGAGAGAGUGAUGAAGCAAAGGCUCAGAGGCAGAAUGCAGAGGCAGUGCUGGGACUGAGACAACAGGUGGACAGGCUGAAGGCUGAACUCAUGUACGAGAGGAGAACGAGUGAGGAGCAACUUUCACACUUUGACAAUGAGAGGCGGGUGUGGCACGAGGAGAAGGAAAAGGUAAUCCGCUACCAGAAACAGCUGCAGCAGAACUACAUCCAGAUGUACCGCCGGAACCGGGAUCUUGAGCGAGUGAUGAGGGAGCUGAGUCUGGAGCUGGAGAGCAGGGACAUGGAGGACUACGAGGUGCACAGUGGCAGCAACGACAUCCACUUUGAGGAAAUCACCGCCACUGAGAUCUAAAAGAGAAUCCACACGCUAACAGUAAUGUGCGCACAGGAACAUGAAAACACAAGGACUCUGAGGAUGAAAACCAAACAUUGAAACACCAGGCAAAAUCUGCACUACCUUCAACAUAACCUGGACCACAGAGCAAGCACUCACCACUUAUCACUGUCAAAAGGGAGAUCUCCAAAAGGUGCAUUAUUACUCUCUGCUAUCACAAGCACUACAGUAAAUCCUUACAACGUGUCUCUCCCCCGGACUCUUUAUUUUUUUUAGAUGGGUUUUUCCACUAUAAAGCCAGCACAAAGACUUUUUUUCCAAAAACUAUGUUUCCUUUUUAGACCACGUUCAAAUCAGGGUAUCCGAAAAACAACAAGGAAAAUAAAGCAAAAAAAAAGAAGAAGCUACUAUAUGCACAGCAAUCUGGGCGAAGCACCGUCACACCUUUUCUUGGUAGCACACGAGGUUAAACAGCCGGCCACCAGCAUGCAUAAAAAGGAUGCAUCAUGACCACACUCCUGCUAUCAACACCCACCGCUGCCGGCUCUUAAUGAAGACAUCAUCACACAACAACAACAACUAAAAACAACACUUUUCCACUAAGUAACACCAAAGGGGGAAAUACAUUCAAAAGUCACAACAUCAGACGAUCAGCAGUUUACGCAUUUUACAAAUUAUACAAGGACAAGACAGAUUUCCUCAGCGCUGUUUAUUUGAAAAAGAAUGUGUUUUCUGUUAUCACUCCAGAGAAAUAAACGGUCACCACCCGCAAUGAAAGGAUCUGCUCACCAAGGGAAACAUGGUGUCAUUUUCCACAACAGUCCUGCUCACUUUUGUUUGCGAUACAGCCGCCUUUGUUGGGAAAGGAAAUCAUAAAACCAGUUUGAACAUUUGUUUCUUGGUUGUCUUACAUAUGGACAUCCUAAUCCGUCUUUUUCACUCCGAAUCCAGAGGACACAAACAUACAAAAGAAACGCUUAUUCUGAAAGCUGCUCAUGUCAUCUGGAACUCCAAGAGUCACAUUUGAUCACUCUGUCAACUCAUUUAUUCAAUGCUGCAAUUUCUGACUUAAACAUUUACAUUUUACAAUUAUGUAGCACUAUAGAAAGCAGACUGUAGCAUUGGAGAUGUCACUAAGAGGCUGCUGAUUCUCCUCUUUGUCUUUUUCUGCCUUUUUCUCCAUGUCUUCUUCUCUCUUUCUGUCUCUAACUCUGCUUCUUACUCAACUAUUUUUAUAACAGUGAAAAGCGCCUCAGCAGUCGGUAUCAGGAAUCUAAAAAUGGAGCAUAUUCUUUUACUUUAGAUGUGACGUCACUGAAGAAUUUAAGCCAGUGUUUGAACUGUAGGCAUGCUUAUUCAGAGUUUCCGUUUAUUCCCCUUUGUUCCCAUUAGUGCUCUUUCUUUAGCUUUUUGCAGCCCAAAGCCAAAAUAACACUUUAAAAGUCUUCCUAGUCUCACCGUAGACUAUAAUCUUCACUGACUCCUAUACAGAUAACGAGACUGGCAUGUCUGCAUGUCUUUAUUAUAUCAGAUUUCAGAAGAGGCCUGUUGAGAUAGUGGUGAGAUGAUAAUUUACAGAGGCAGACGCUCCAUUGUGAAUUGUCGGCUGACCUCAUUUACAUGGCGGCCAUUUUCCAGUCCAAUGUUAUAGUCAGGGUUGGAAGCCUUUAUGCUGUUUUAAUGUCAUACUACUGGGCUCCAGGUCUCAAGUUUUAUAAACUAAAGGACGAAUCGUUGUCAUCUACUGCCUCUUGAUUGUUGAACAGUAAAAAAUAUGAGGGAUGUCGUCGCAUAUUUCAAUUGAAAUCAACACAUUUGGAAACCAUUUAUGUGUAGAGAACGGGUAAUAUUAGCAUUUAGCCACUUUCUAGAUAUUACUGGCAUUAGCAUUGAUCUUCCUACACAAUCGAAGAGAGAGGUGUUAACUUUAAGCUAAUGUUAGCUAGGAAUAAACUUGUUAAAUGAUACAAAAGGAAAAUGGCUAAAUCCUAGUUUAUAGUGUAUUGUUAGCUAGAAAAUUAGCUUCUUUGCUAUCAAAAUGUGUUAAUAAUGUUAGCUAGAAGUUUAGCUUCUUUAACAAAAUGUGUAAGUAAUGUUAGCUAGUAAGUGGUUAGCUAAUAGGUUAUCAUCUAUGUUUUUUAAUGUUUUACCAAAAGUCACUCUUUAUUUGAACUAUCAAUUGUCGUUUUAGUUGUUCAACAAUCAAGAAGCAGUGAAAUGAUAAACAUUAUUAGAAAUACUUCAUUUGUAUGACAACCUGGAAUACAGUACAACAGCAGUAUUACAGUGUUUGAGCUCCCAACUCUGAGCAAAACGUCUGAGGAAAUUGGCUGCAGUGUGAAUAUGGUACAUCAGCUAGCUUGGAGCAUGUUCAUUUUUGAAACUGUGGGAUUCUGUGUUUUCUCACAGUAUAUGCAGGGCUGUAAAACACUGAGCAUUGUGGGUCUCUAUAUAUUAAAAAAAAAGUAUAGUGAGCUGAGAACUUUUAUUUUACAAAGAGUCUAUAAAAUUGAAUAAUAGUUAAAUGGAAAUCUAUAUAAUGGAGGAGAUGUUGUAUAUUUUUUUAUAUAUAGCACCUGAAGAUAUUUUGUUGUAGUACCGGUAUAAGUGUUGGUUUAAUAUACAAAGUAUAAAGACUUCUAUAUAAGAAUAUAUCUAUCACAUACCAAUAUUUCAAAUGAUGGAUCAGUUUCAAAUGGAGGCGGCAGCAUAGAAAGAGUGCACCUAAUACUGUAAUGCAUGACAAAUGUUUACAUGAUAUAAUCUUUGUGACACAACUUACACUCUAAUGACCAAACUUUGCAUCUGUUAAAACAGUUGAAAGCUUUUUAUUUCGGGCUCUGUUGUCUCUCCAUUUAGAUUGAUCUUUCAUUUGACCGUCAGUAUCAUAAUAUCUCACAUGGUUCAUGUCUUCAUCGUUGGGUUUCGUGCACGUCAUUUGUCUGUUGAUGAAUCAGUCACUCAAAGAUUUCCCUUUUUAUGCGUUAAGUGGAGGUCAGCGGUCAUGCAAAGUGAGAAAAGGUUGUUUCCUAUACUUGGAAAUUCAGUUGAACCCUUUGCAGAAAAUUUGAUCCGCAAAUAUGAUCGAUUAUAAUACAUUAUGCAUGACAUUUCCAGAGUUAAAAAGUCUGCAUUGUGCAUAAAAUGUUCACAUAAAGCAUUGGAAAGCGCCUUUGAAUGGAACAAGUUGGAUUUGUCCAACCGUGUUCGAGUUGAAAACCAGACCUAGACUGUUAUUUACUGACCACAGAUGCAGCACAAAUGCAGAUUAGCAACAAGUACAGGUGUAUCAAACCAAACUGAGUUCUUCACUGAAAGUUCUUUAUGCAUCAUUGACUUCCUCCUCCUCCUGUUUCAGUUCUCUUCAUUGUUGCAUAACCGUUUUCUGUGUAAAUAUGUAAAACACUUCAUAGUAUAACAGAGUGACAUUGUCUUUUAUUCAGACAAAUAUCUAUUUCAAAUGUAGCCACUGUGACUAGACCAAAGCAACGUAAAUCCUUUCUUUCUUUUUUUGUGGCUUUUUUUCUCAUCCUUUUGUGUGCAUUUUUUUAUGUUUACUUACAUUGUGUCUUCAGUUAUUCAUAAAGUCUGUAGUUGUCCUUGUAUAUUUUUAUGUGUACAUGUCUUGUACAAAUGACUGUGUUUUUAAUUAAAGAACAAGCUGUCACACCUUAAA